UUCAACAGAAAAGAUUGAUGCCCCCUAAGCCAAAAGGGCCAUCUGGCAUACACAAAGUGUCUUAUCUGAAGCGAUUAAUCACUCAGAAGCUUUUCCUCAUUUUCUUCACCCAAACCAUCCUCACGAUUCCCAACAAAACAAAAACAAAAUUGGCUCCACCCCAUGACGCUGUGCCGUUAAAUAAAACAACAAGCAUCAUCUCAGACACACACAUCAAUGUUCCUCUGAUACUCACAACACAACACAAACAUGGACCCUCACCGCCGGCACCGCCGCCGCACGUGGUGCUGCUCCUUCGCCUUCCCUCCCUCCAGCCCCGACAACCUUAAUAGCAACUCCUCCAAACCUGCAUUCUCCCUCCCAACCUCCCCCAAAUCCCGCAUCCCCGUUAAGAUCGACCCUCGCCGGAUCCUCUCCCCGGGAAGAGUCUCCCCCAUCGACUCCGAUUCCGUCGCCGGGGAACCUCUCCCCUUUCCCCCUCCCUCGACGGAGUUGCCGCGGCCGCGAUCUCCGGCGGCGACCUGCGAGAAUAGGGACGUGAGGAUGAGCCUUAGAGGGAAUAACGGAGGGUGCAUGGUUCUGGAAGUGAACUCGGAAGUUCUCUGCGCGAAUUCGGAAGUGUUCGCGGGGUUGAUAGAGGAUUACAAGAAAGGGUCUUGGAGUGGGAGUGGGAGUGGGAGCAACAAAAUGUGUAGAAUAGAGGUUCCUGAAGUCGAUAACUUGGGAGUGUUCAGAGAAACCAUUGAGCUUAUGUUCGAAAACGAGGAUGGCGUCACAAAAAGGCUUCUUAACAUUGGCGUUUUUCGAUCCAUUGACAUUUUGGAGGUUUCAGCAGGCAUCAUGUUCACCAAGGGUGUUUUGUCUUGUUUACAAUACCUUGAAGCUGUGCCUUGGACUGAAGAAGAAGAAGAAAAACUGAGAAGUCUAUUCACAAGAUUCAAGUUUGAUGAAGCAACAACAAGAGACAUCCUAGGAAGGCUUUACUUGCACGAUUCAGUAGAUUCUUCUUCCCAGCCUAAUGUGGCUCGACAACUUGUAUGGUCUAUCACCACCUGUGUGGAUAACAAUGCAAGAAAUGAACUAAAGACACUAGUGAAGGGUCUUCUUUGCAAAAGCUCAGUGUAUGAGAAGAAUCACCUUGACCUCAGCAAGGAGGAUCUGUAUUCUGUGUGCCACUCAUGUCUGGACACAUUGAUAAGCCUCUUUGAGGAGGCAUCUGACACUGAAAGGUUGACAAAGAAAGAUAAGAAUAAGCCAUUGAUCGAACGCAUCUCAAGACAGGUUGAUAACAUCAACUGGUUGUUGGAAAUCAUGCUUGAUGGGCAAAUAGCAGAGGACUUUGUGAACAUAUGGACGGAUCAGCACCAACUUAUCAAAAUGCAUGAAAAUGCAUCCCCUAUGGUUAGAUAUGAACUAAGUCGCGUGUCAGCGAUUCUCUUUGUUGCCAUGGCUACCAGAAAAUUGCAAUGUCGGUUGGAAGCUCGAUCGGGGCUUCUUCAGGCAUGGUUCCGGCCUAUGCUUUUGGACUUUGGUUGGCUUCAGAGAUGUAGAAGAGGGCUUGAUAUAAAGGUCUUGCAAGAGGCUAUGGGUCAAACACUUCUUACUCUACCUCUAAAUCAACAAUAUAUGCUCUUCAUGGAAUGGUUUAGGUAUUUCUCAAGCCAUGGUACUGAAUGUCCGAAUCUAAGCAAGGCAUUCCAAAUUUGGUGGCGCAGAUCUUUCUUAAGAGGCUCUGAAACUGAUGCCAUUGAAACAAGGUAAAAUGUGCCACUAUUUGUCAUUUUAAAUGUUUGUGUAGUGUGUAAAGAGUUGCAACUAGGUGAAGGGAUUCUGGACUAUGUACAUUGAAUAACGUAGAUAAACUCCACAGAUUGUUGGAGAUUAUUUCAUGCCUAAAUAGUAGGAGAAUUUUUCCUCUAUUUGUUUGUUUCGUUUAUUGCUCGUGGCACCAUGCUGGCCAAUUUAGUUUAGGUUAAUGAAUUGAAUGCGUUAUUGUAGUAAUAAGUUGCCACUAAGUCAUGACAUAAUGUAUUAUUGUUAUGCUUCUUGGAA